GGUCCUUUCCCAUUGGGAAGUCAUGAAUAAGAGACUAUGAAGCUUGCACGUCAGAUCUUCCUCAAUUAAUCCACCAUUAGCAUGUUUGGGAUCCACUACUGGAUGGUUAACAGCAGCUUUUGUAACUGUACGCCGACCAUAUCCAAUUAUGCUCUGCUAAAAAUGAACUCUUUGCAGACCAAUCCUCUCGGCUGUCAGUGUUUUCCGUUUUCCUAUUUUAACGUUUGUGUAUAGUGGCAGGCGACAGAUGGUGUAGAUCAGAUCGAUUUGAUUGCAUUAGAUGAUUUUUUCCCUUCCCCACUCCUUUCUGGAAGCUCGCAUCAGCUGAAGGCUAUCGCCUGGGACUCCUCGGAAGCAUGAGCAAGCCGCCACCACGCGAAGGCACUGGGGCACAGCCAGCGCGAGGCGCCGAGGUCCCUUCCCAGGGCUUGUUAACACUGUAACCCGGCACUCGGAGAGAAGAAGCAGCUCCCACUGCCCAGAGCCUACCUCACUGCACAUCAGAUGACUCCCUGGCUUCUACACACAGUUGGAGUUCCGCUUGAAACCUGGAUUUAGAGGGGUUCUCUGGCUGCCAUGGCACUCAAUGAAACCACCUAGAGUGGACUGGCCGAGACCAGACUGGGUACCAAGCAGAGAAGUGCAGAGGAAAGCACUGGGAGAGCACCAGAAUUGGAAAUAGAGCGGCCAUUUGGAUUUGGGCAGGAAGCAGCCGAGCACAGCUUUGGAUCCUUCUUUAGGGAAAUCGAGUUAUGGAUUUAUGGUCCCGGUCAAGCUCAGCCCAUCCCCAGGCAGGGGCGGGCUCAGCGAGCAGCAAGAGUUCUGGUGGCGGCGGCGGCGGCAGUAGCAGCGGCAGCGGUAGCAGCGGCAGCGGCAGCUUGGUCCUCUGACUCUCUUCGGUGACGGGUAUUCUUGGGUGGAUAAUACGGAUUACGUUGUUAUUGCUUAAGAAUACGCGUAGUCGAGGAGAGUACCAGCGGCAGGGGGGCAGCGGCCGCCCUCCCCAGCCCACCAGCUGGCCACUAAACGCCCGUGGUUGCCAAGGUAGCACUUUCUUGUUCUUUUCCUUUCCUCGGGUGUUUUCGCACUGGUUCCACCGGAAAGGCUGUGCGCUGCGCCUCUGGUGACCAGGACUGGAAAAUGGGUUCGCGCAGGGGGCGGGGGGCGAGGUGAAGGGGAUGGGCGGGGAGCGGAAGGGGGUCCGUUCCCCCGAGCCUGCGGGGCGGUUCGGCGUUCCCAGUCCGCUCCUCUCCUCUCCACGGUGGGGUGCGGCUGGAGGGAGAGACGCGGACGGGGCGAUUUUCUAAAGUUGGGAACGACUGAAAGGCCUUGAGCAGUUUGGGAGCGUCGCGAGUGAGGCGCCGAAGCUGGGCAGAGGGUCGCUGGGGGCUGCCUCCGCAGAAAGGGCGUGUCCGUGGGCGAAGGUGCCCCCGCAAGCCUGCGGAAGCGCGUGACUUCGCGAAUCCCGGGCCCGGGGCGGUGCCGGAGCCCCACCCCCGGCCGGCCGCGCCGCUCCGCAACCAGACUUGGCGGCCGAGCUGGGGAGGGGGCGGGGGCCCGGGGGCUGGGUCCCCGCGGAACUUCCAGAUCGGAAGUGUGGCGGGUCUCUCAGGAACGCAUAUUUUCUUUUCGGAUUCUCCGAGAAGGGGUGGAGAAACAGGAUGGGAACCGGAUUGGUUGCAGUGUGGCACAGACCUGGAACCUUCCUGAAAGAGGUUGGGGCAGGCAGUGACUGUUCAGACGUCCAAUCUCUUUGGGACACCUCUUCAGCGCUGUCUUCCCUGCCUCUUCCUUUAGGACGAGUCUUAAACACCAACAAACGCAAGGCACUUCCCCCCUCUCAGGUCAACCUUGAAGGCAUGGGAGCAAGAGAGAGCCUCUCCCUCCUUCUACUUAGAGUUUUUGUUUGUUGUUUGUUUCAAAUAUUAAUGGACGAUAAAACAACACGGAUUUGUCACCUCCUAGCGAAGAGGAAGCCACCAUCACCACACCCCUCAAGCAUGCCCGGGCACUCCUGGGGACAAUCGGACGUGGCAGGAGUUGGCAUGCCCAAGAUGAAGCUGGGAAGGAUGACCCAGAGUGGAAGGCGUGGGCUGGGGCUCCAGGUCUCAGCUCUCGCCAGCGUCGGACCACACAGCUUUGCCAGCUUUGCACCUUGCCUUUCCUUCUUGUGAGGCAUCUGGGACCGUCCUAUCGAGGCGCUUCAAAGGUGGAAGGACAGAGUGCUGGGGACAAGAACGUACCAGGCGCCCAGAAGAUUCCACUAGCGCGGCCAAACACUAAGACCAGGUUUCCUCCCUGCGUGGUGGUCGUUGGUUGUGCACGGGCUGCGCACGAAGACUGAAUUCCUGAGAAAUGGAAACUGCAGGAGAAAAAUCAAAUAAACUUAGAGGCCUGUGAAGCUCUCCCUCUUGUCGCUCUGGGACCGCUCUAAGCUGAGCUACAUCUCAGAUACCUUCUCCCCCUGGAGGAUGGGCCUUUCUCAGGCACGAAGUGCGUGUGCCCCACUGGGCUCUUGCCCACAAGAGCAGUCUGAACCCUGGAGAGGCUGACACCGAGGUGUCUUGAAGGAAGCAGGCACACUCUCAUGCUUCCCCACCUAGGGUUUCGCCUUUCUUCUAAUAUUUAGGAUUCCCAGUGAAGGGUACUCCACACACACCCUCUCCCUACCCCUAAUCCCACCCCAUUGUGUCUGAUCCCACAAUUACUCCCAGGGUAUCUAUACUCACAGCUUUUGCGCUCAAAGAACAUUGUCGUCUGCAGGGAACGGGUGGAGCCCUUCUCAGAAGCUCCCGGGGGCGAGUCCAUUUUAAGAAUGAGUUGAAGUAGGAAAGAAAACACAGAUGCUGUCUUUUCAUUCGACAUUCUAUCACCAGCAAGAGAAUAUGUAACUCCUGUUCUUUCCUUCAUUAUUCCAUGAAUUACCUUUUUUCUCUAGGGAUCUACCAGUUGGUGAUUUAGGGCUUUUAAAUAUUAUGCUUGUUAUGUAUUUAACAAAAUGCAAUAUGUCUACUGGUGGCAUUGUUUCCUUGGGAAAUUAGAAAAGUAGAAGCUACAUACUCUAGUUCCUAGGUGGUCUCUGGAAAGUUGGCCUCAUGCUGGUUGGCUAAAUAAUAAGUGUUUAGGAUUUGAAAGGAAGAAAGAGAGCUGAAGCCCUGGUGACAGAGUUUGUGAGAAACAGAAGAUUUAACACUCUGGCAUUUGUUGAGGGGAUGAGGAAGAACUUUUGAAAAAUAAGCUAUUCUAUUCAGUUUUGUGCAAAUUUAUUGCAGUUGCUUCAUAGAGGAAGAAUAAUGUUUAGAAUGGAAUAAUUGCAAAUGCUAGUGAUGAAAUCUAAAGGAAACCUCUACUCAUAGUUAACUGAAAGUAUUUUUGUUGUUGUUGUUUAAAUACUUAUCUCAUUGCUUUCUUUCCUUUGCAGAAUUAUUUUCCUAUAAUAGUUUCCAUUAGGUGUCAGUCUGAACUGGUUCUUACUUAAGUUAGGGGUGAAAAUGUUCCAUCAUCACACCUUUUAAGAUAAGAAAGUGGGAAAAAUUAAAACUUUAUUAAGUUGAAAUUACUGGAGUUAAUUUUUAUUGUUACAAGGCAGCUUUUUUCUUCCCAGAAAAAAUAAUUUUAAAUUAUGUCGCCACUAGUCAAUGACUGCUUUUGCCCUGUCACUGUCCAUAGCCAUGAUUAAAGAAGUACAAAAUGCUUGUUUGUGCUUUUCAUGCUAGAUCCAAGUAGUGUUAAGUAGUCAUAAUUUUUGGAUGGCUUUUCAAUUGAUGUCCUAAGAUUAGAAGGGUAAGCAGCCUUUUCUAAUAUUUCUUUUGCUUUACAAAGGUGAUAGAAAUUUUUCCUGAAAAAAGGAACGUGGAUUCAGCUUAAGCUGUUCAUUUGACAAUACUGAGGGCACAGUAAAGGAGGAGGGAGACAAAUUCUGAAAAUUACUUUUGUCCACUAGUUUUACUUUAAUAAAUCCUGCUUAAAUACUCAGAAUUUAUGAACACAAUUUAUGAUGUAUAGAUGGGAGAUUUUAGGUCGCCCAUUUAAAUUUAUAUAAUGUCUAUAAAUGGUCAAUUUUAUACUAUAAUAUUCAUUAAUAAGUAUAAGAAACAUCAUCUUGAUUGGUCAUUUGCUACUGAGUCCCAAGUAAGUAGCUUGAUAGAAUCUGCAUUUUUCAGAAAAUUUGCUUAUUUUAUUCUUUGUAUUUGUGAAUUCUGUUCUGAUGUUGUUGCUUGAAUAAAAUUGUGGGGAGUGGAGAUGGUAUUCGUGGUUAAAGAUCCAUAGAGCAUUAUGACAACCCCAUGAACUUUCCCUGAGGCCAUUGUGAGCCCUAGAAUGAUGUGGCUCUUGGUGUCAGAGCAAUGCCAAUCUAGAACCAGAACAGAGGUCCCAGUGAAAGUCCAAGCAAAGGCAAGCAACGAUGAAGUAGCAUUUUGAUGGAAGGAGUAUUCCAAAAACCCUAUUAUCAAUUUUUGUAUUAUUAUAUUCCACAUUAGUCAUGAGAAAUUUUCAAAUAUAAAAAUAGACAACAAAAUUAGAGAUGAUGGGUAUAUUGGGAAACAUUUUUGUGUUUUAUGUAGGGCAGAGGAGAAGUGCUAAGGACAUAGAAGGAAAGACAGCAUAAGGCCAUCACAAUUGUUCACCAUCUUGUCAAUAUGUACAGGUGCAGCUACCAUUGUAUCACGGAAAUGACAGAAUGAUGUUCUUACUGUGUUGGAAAGUAGUGUAUUCUGCAUGGGAUGCUUACUGUUUAAAAGUAAAUUUCUUUUGGAUAUAUUUUCCGUAAGAAGAAAAAAUAUAAUAAUGACAUCAGAAUAUUUAAAGACUUUUAAAUCAUUUAGCUAUUGAAUUUAGUUAUUGAUAGCUGUACAACUACAUACACAAAUGGUAAGUAGAUUUUAAGCAAAUAGCUUUGUAGUACAAUUUGUUUUUUAAAUGUUUUCAGAUUUUUAUCUUAGUGCUUAUACUUUAAAUCUUGACUUACAAGUCUUGCAUUUAAGUCUAGAAAACAUUUUGCAUGAUUGUAUAAAAUAAACACUUUAGUUGAGGAAACACUGCAGUUCAUCCAAAAAACAUAAGCUAAAAAGAUAUAUUAUAAUAUUUUAAAUUUCUUGAAAUGUGUUUAUUACCCAGUAAUUAGUUGAGUUUGUUGAGUGCAGCCUAACAAUAAAAUCAGUGUAUCUGUAUGUUUGUAUUGUUGACCAGCUUAAAAAUUUAUUACCAACUGUA